AUGAUCUUUCCCCAAACAAACUUACCUAUCCAUUCGUACGCCGAUGAUGCUACUCUGCAUUACUCAACAUCUUUUGACAGAAGACCUUCCCAACAGGAAUUACAGAACUCCAGACUGGAAGCCGCAAAAUGCUUUACCUCAGACUUUGCUAUUAUUUCUGAUUGGGACAGGAGGAACUUAAUGUCCUUCGUGUCUCAAAAAUUCAAUUUCUCCACCUAUCAACUCGACACAAUCUUCUAAACUCCUAUCCCUUAUUCUUCGGUAACACUUAGCUAUCCCAUUCUUUUACACUAAACAUCCUUGGUCUCAAAAUCUCAACUGGAAUUUUCACAUCUCUCACUAAAUCAGCUUCGUCGAGGUUGGGCGUUCUGUAUCGUCCCCGCCGGUUAUUUUCCCACUCUCAGAUGCUGUCCCUUGUCUGCUCUCGUAUGGAGUAUGCAUCUUAUGUGUUGGGGGGCUCCACACACAGCCCUUUUGGACAGAGUGGAGUCUAUGGCUCUUUGUCUUAUUAGUUCCCUUCCUCUUACUGAUAGUCUUGUCUCUUAAAUUCCGCCGCCAUGUUGCCUCUCUUUCUAUCUUCUGUCGAUAUUUUCACGCUGACUGCUCUUCUGAACUUACUAACUGCAUGCCUCCCCACCUCCCGCGGCCAUGCUAUACACUCGACUUUCUACCCAAGCCCACCCCCUUACUGUCCAGACCCCUUAUGCAAGAGUUAACCAGUAUCUUCAUUCUUUCAUCCCUUUCACUCUGGAACAGCCUUCCUUCGUCUGCAUUUCCUCCUGCCUACGACUUAACCUCUUUCAAGAGGAGAGUAUCAAGACACCCCUCCACCCGAAAUUGACCUCUCUUUUUUUUUUUUUUUCUUCUUUUUUUACAGCAAAGGAAGCAGCUCAAGGGCAAGAAAAAGGUGCAGAAAAGAAAAGCCCGCCCAUCGCUGCUCCUACAAAUGAAAAAGUGAACUGUGGCCAAAGAAGAGAGCUAGGGGUCAAUUUCGGGUGGAGAGGCUUGGCCUACCAUUUCUAGGCUGGUGUUUGGUUGAGUUAGGAAAGCAUUCAACACAGUACCAAACCACACUCCAGUACAUCUAAAAGGCAUCUAAUAGCGCUGUUUCUCCCCCGCAGUGGUGGUGGGCCAGUACCAGGUGCAAGUCUACGACCACCUGGUGAUGACGGGCAACACAGCGGUCCUGCAGUGCGUCGUGCCGUCCUACCUGCGCGAGUUCGUCUCCGUCACGUCCUGGCAGCUGGAGGACUCGAGGCACGUCUACCCCUCCCUGCACGGCGACGGGAAGUACCACAUGACGGAGGCGGGGGACCUUCACGUGUUGGAUGUCACCCCCGCGGACGGCCUCUCCAGGUUCCGGUGCCGCGCCCUACACCACCUCACCGGCAAGUCCCAGGUGUCCGCCAGCCCCGCCAGGAUCAUCGUUACAGAGGCCCAGGGCGCGGUGGCUCCUCGGAUGCGUGAGAGCGGCGGCCGUGUGGUGGUCGAAUCGGGUUCUUCAGUCACCCUGCCGUGCGUCGCUCAGGCCCACCCGCCGCCCUCCUAUAGCUGGUUUAGAGGGUCCGACGCGGUUGGCAGCGGGGACGUGGGCGGCGGCGUGUGGGUCGUCGGGGGAUCGCUGGUGCUGGAGCGGGCCGACACCUCGCACGCCGGCCAGUACUCCUGUGUGGCCAACAACACCGCGGGCCAGGCCAGGAUGCCCGUACAUCUGAUGGUGGUGGUGCCGCUGUCCGUGCAGGUCACGCCCCGCCAGGUUCAGGUUGACGCCGGGGGCCGCUUGGAGCUUAAGUGCCACGUCUCCGGCUCCCCCGUCGAGGCCGUCACCUGGCUCAAGGACGGCGCGGAGGUGCGGGCGGAGGGGCGCGUCAGUCUGCGGCCCCGCGACACGCUGAGGGUGGCGCCCGUGGUGUCCUCAGACGCGGGCAUGUACCAGUGCGUUGCCACCCACGCCCACCACUACGCCCAUGCCCACGCCCACGUCACGCUGGGAGCCGCACCGCCUCAGCUGCUGUACCGCUUCAUCGAGCAGACCCUCCAGCCCGGGCCCGCGGUGUCCCUCAAGUGUAUCGCCGCCGGGACGCCCACGCCGCACAUCACCUGGACGCUGGACGGCUUCCCGCUGCCACACUCCCACAGGCUAGUGAAGGGCCAGUACGUGUCUGCCGAGGGGGACGUGAUUAGCCACGUCAACAUCAGCUCGGUGCACGUGGCGGACGGCGGCGCCUACACGUGCACUGCGGCCAACAGUGCAGGUGAGGCCGCCCACUCCGCGCGGCUCAACGUGUACGGCCCGCCCCAGGUGCGUCCCAUGGGCCAGCAGACGGCCGUGGCGGGGAGGACCUUCGUCGUGGCCUGCCCCGCCUCUGGACACCCCAUACACACCAUCACCUGGACCAAGGACGGGUCGCCGUUGCCCAGGAGUUACCGUCAGCGAGUCUUGGCCAACGGGACGCUUGUGAUCCAGGAGGUGACACGCGGCGCUGACGACGGCCGCUACGCCUGCACGGCCGCCUCCCGCUCUGGCCGCGCCGACACCCAGACCCUCCAGCUGCGUGUGUUGGUGCCGCCCAGCCUGGCACAACUCACCUUCCCCAAGAACACGAGGGCGGGCAUGCAGAUCCGCGCCACGUGCCUGGUGCAGGAGGGCGACCAGCCGGUGCGCUACGCCUGGACCAAGGACGGACGGCCGCUGGACGCUCGCCUGGGUGUGCGCACGUCGCAGCUGGACGCCUUCACCUCCAUCCUGGUGAUCGAGCGUGCGGCGGCGGAGCACUCGGGGAACUACACCUGCACCGCCUCCAACGCCGCCGCAGCCUCAGCCACCACCGCGCGCCUCACUGUCAACGUGCCGCCGACGUGGGUGGUGGAGCCGAGCAGCAGCAGCGUGGCCCUGGGCGGCAGUCUGGCCCUUCACUGCCUGGCGCGCGGCUUCCCGGACCCCGUCACCACCUGGAGGAGGCAGGCAGCGUCAGGCGAGUUCGUGGGCGUGGUGGAGGGCGUGGGCUCGGGCGACACCAGCAUCGUGCAGUGGAAGAACGGCACGCUGUGGAUCGGGCGGUCGGCACGGGGCCACGAGGGCCGCUACCUGUGCGAGGCGGGCAACGGUGUGCCUCCAGGCCUCUCCAAGCUGGUGGACAUCACGGUCAACGAGCCGCCUUGGUUUCGCGCCACGGAGCAGCGUCAGGAGGUGCGGGUGGGUGGCGCCGCCACGCUGACGUGCCACGCCCAUGGCGACGCCCUGUUGACGCUGGCCUGGAGCAGGGACGCCGUGUCACUGCCGCCGCUGCCGAGGUACCAAGUGUCGUCGCGGGAGGAGCCUGAGCAGGGCGGCACCGUCUCGCAGCUGGUGGUGACGGACGCACGCCUUGAGGACUCCGGCGCCUUCACCUGCACGGCCUCCAACAGCCACGGCGUGCGGACCUCACAUCUUCACCUUCUCGUGCAAGACGUGCCGGGGCCUCCGUCGGGCGUGGAGGUGGCCGAGGUGGGGCCGCAGCACCUGGCGGUCACCUGGACGUCGCCGCAGGACUCCAACGCCCCCAUCACGGCCUACAUCGUGACGGUGGAGCCCCAGUCCUCGGCAGCCGGGUCGGGCGGGGCGCGCGAGGAACGUGUGGGCGGCCAGGAGCGGCGAGUGGUGGUCGGCGGCCUGACCCCCGCCACGCAGUACAGCCUCAGGGUCGCGGCUGAGAACCACGUGGGGCGCGGCAGGUCCUCCCCGCCCGUGAUCGCCAGCACCGAGGAGCAGCCCCCAUCGGCGCCCCCUCGCAGCGUGACGGUGAUGGCCGUGUCCUCCUCAGCGCUGCGGGUCACGUGGGAGCCGCCGCAGCAGAACACCACGCACGGGACGCUGCUCGGGUACCACCUCGGACACAAGCUGGGCAGCGACGCCGAGGACACGUACAACUUCACUCGCGUGGGCGGCGUGGGCAGCCUGGGCGUGACGAGUGCCCGCGUGCCCGGCCUCAAGCCCCACACCCGCUACUCCGUCGUGCUGCGCGCCUUCAACUCCAAGGGCGCCGGACCCACCUCGCCGCCAGCCCUCGCCACCACGCUGGAGGACAAGCCCAGCGCGCCGCCCGGCCGAGUGAGGUGCGACGGGGUAUCCUCAUCCAGCCUGGUGGUGACGUGGACCCCACCGCCGCCCUCACACAGGAACGGCGUCGUCACCAGCUACCGCGUCGCCUUCUGGAAAACGGCAGCCACGGAGGACGGCAGCGAGGAGGCCGCCAUGAUGUCCAAGGGUUUGCGCGCCCAGCUGGACAACCUGAGGCCCUGGACGAACUACUCUGUGAGCGUGGCGGCGUCCACCAGGGCGGGGCAGGGCGUGGCCUCCGAGGCGCUGGUUUGCACCACUCAUCAGGACGUCCCCGAGGCCCCAGCACGCAUCAAGGCCGUGGCGUCAGGUCCCAGGGCCGCCGUGGUGUCCUGGGCCCCGCCGGCACACCCCCACGGCCGCCUCAUACGCUACACCGUGUACUGGAAGGCUGCGGGCGGUGGAAGCGGCGGCGGUGGUGGGGAAAUCAGUCGCCGAGUUGACCCCGAGCUGACCCACCUGACGCUGCAUGACCUGUCCCACGUCGCCCACAAGGUGUGGGUGACGGCGGCCACCAAGAAGGGCGAGGGGCCCUCGAGCAGCGUGGUGCUGGUCAAACCCUCGCACUCAGUGGGCGCCGGCGUGUGGUCCGUGGGCGGCAACGUGACAGCGGCGUGGCGCGAGGACGUGAGUCUGCCGUGCGGGGCCGUGGGCGCGCCGGAGCCUAGCCUGGAGUGGGCGCACGACGGGGCUCCGCUGCACUCCGGCCAGCAGAGGGCGUCGGUGCAGCGGGACGGCACCCUGAGCCUGAGUGACCUGCAACGGAACGACGGCGGCCGCUACACGUGCACCGCCACCAACCACCACGGCAGGGACUCCGCCGUGUACCACCUCACCGUGCUGGUUCCGCCGUCACCACCGUCGCUACACGUCAUCGAGACCACCACCUCGUCAGUCCGUGUCCAGUGGAACGUGGAGGACACCGGGGGCGCCACGCUGCAGGGCUCCUCGUUGCACUACAGAGUAGUUGAGAGUAAGAAGCCUGAAAAGAGUAGAGUAGCUGAGAGUAAGAAGCCUGAAAAGAGUAGAGUAGUUGAGAGUAAGAAGCCUGAAAAGAGUAGAGUAGUUGAGAGUAAGAAGCCUAAAAGAGUAGAGUAG